UUUCCAGCCCCGACAAAACUCAAACAAACCCCUCCCCAAUCCCUACGCUGAUCCCCAUUUCUCCUAUUUCCAAACACCCUCUUUCCUCCUCCUCUCUCUCUCUCUCUCUCUCUCUCUCUCUUCUCUCUCUCUCUCUCUCUCUCUAGAUCCCGACUCUUCAAGUUCAGAUCUUACCCACUCACUUUCCCGGAAAAAACACAGAAAGAAAAAAUGUCGCACGGCGACACCGUCCCGCUCCACCCGUCGUCCCAAUCGGACAUCGACGAGAUCGAGAACCUCAUCAACGCCAGCGUCCAGUCCGGCCCCGCCACCGUCCUCCCGGCCAGACCUCCGAGCCCUCCCAGGGCUUCGAUCCCCGUCUCCUCCUCCCCUUAUACUGUAUUAGGCCCCUUUAUUUCAGAUGAUGCCCUUUGUGACUUGGAACUCAUCAAAGGUUGUUUAUCACAUUAUGAUUUAAUCCGCUUGAGAACUGCACAAUCUGAAGUUUUUGCUGUUGCAUUUGCUCUGCUAGCUGCCGGUGCUGUGAUUUUAACAUUGAAUGUGCUGCUCCUGGGCGGGCACAUAAUUUUCUUCCAGAGUCUGAGCCUUUUGGGAUACUGCUUAUUCCCUCUGGACAUUGGCGCCCUAAUCUGUAUGUUGAAGGACAACGUGAUAGUGAAAUUGGUUGUGGUAUGUGUAGCAUUGGCUUGGAGUUCUUGGGCAGCAUAUCCUUUCAUGAGUUCAGCAGUCAACCCAAGGAGAAAAGCUCUCGCGCUUUACCCGGUUUUUCUCAUGUAUGUAUCUGUUGGUUUCCUCAUUAUUGCCAUUGAUUAAUGCACUGGAUUGCUCAAACAUACUGAACCUCAACAUGUUAUUACAUAGGAUUUUUAUGUUCUGAGUAAUUUUCUUUUCAUGUCAACUGUAUUUUUUGACUUCUUGAUAUGUUUGGGAGCUCAAUCUACCAAUAGAAAAAAUAUAGCUGUGUGAAAC